AUGCAAUGGAAUGCACGGUCUAUGUCUCGGCUGGCACACAGGACAUGCUUGGAGCCACAGAAAGCUGGUCUCUUUGGACACCGUCAGAACCUACAGGGAUCAUUACUUCUGUAUAGUGCUGAAUCCAAAGUGGUUUGGGUACCGUGCUCUCAAAAGCAAUGGCUGCUACCUGCUUCCCAGUGCCUUGCAAAGGAAUGGAAGCCAUUGGAUGCUCAGCCAGCCCAGCCAGGGGUCCUUCGCCACAAACCGUGGGAGCAGGAUGCUUUAUCCAAGAGUUUAUCAUCCAGUGCUACAUCCCAAGGAACUCCUUCUGAAAAAAAGGAAGAACCUGAUCCUUUACAAGACAAAUCUAUGAGCCUUUAUCAGCGAUUUAAGAAAACAUUUAGACAGUAUGGGAAAGUUUUGAUUCCUGUGCAUCUAGUAACUUCUGGUGUUUGGUUUGGAACAUUUUACUAUGCAGCCAUAAAAGGCGUGAAUGUCAUCCCUUUCCUAGAGCUCGUUGGGUUACCUGACAGUGUAGUAAACAUCCUGAAAAACUCCCAGAGUGGAAACGCCCUGACGGCGUAUGCCAUGUUUAAGAUUGCAACACCGGCCCGCUACACUGUGACCUUAGGAGGAACAUCCUUUACUGUGAAGUAUUUGCGCAGUCGUGGCUACAUGUCGACCCCGCCGCCUGUCAAGGAGUAUCUACAGGACAGGAUGGAAGAGACCAAGGAGCUCAUCACAGAGAAAAUGGAAGAGACAAAGGAUAGACUCACUGAAAAAUUACAGGAAACCAAAGAAAAAGUUUCUUUUAAGAAAAAAGUGGAGUAAGGUGCUCCUGUAUUACAAGUCACAGAAAAUUCCUGACUUUAACCCUCUGGAGACACUGGGCAAACAUACAUACUUCUGAUUAUUUUUUUUGGAUUGUUGCCUAAAUGUAUCAGUCCUCUGAGGGUUAAAGAAGUAAGAUACCUUUUUAAAGUAAAAUAUCACUGGAAAAAAAAUCAGUGUUCUUUAAAAGGAAGAAAUGAAUCCAAUAUAAAAAUUUCGCCUUAGUAGCAGUGAGGGUUAAUGUAUUAGAAUUCUCUUUCCAGGUCCUCAGAAUUACAUUUGUUUUCUGUUCUCCUCUCAGCUAUCAUGUAUGCAAACCAAGCAGUCAGCUGUUGGGAUAACUGAUGUGGCCUGCAGGCAGGAGGCUAACAGUGGAGCUCAGUCGUCGUUGUUUAUGAGAGUACUAACUGUAUUCUGUUCUCUGCAUGGAGACAAACUUGCACCAUCCAAACUGUCCUAAGUGAAAGAGUAUUUAGUCUUUCUAUGAGAAAGCAUCUCACAGUUACCUACCAUUGAAAAUACAGACCUUAUAUGAAGAAAGUUGAAUAAAAAUUCAGCCCUAUAUAUGUAAAUAAAAUUUAUUGGUUGUAUGUAAGUGAAAAAUGGACCCUUUAAAAAUGACUUUUACCUGAAGCUUAUCAAAAUCACAUUUUUAAAAGCAAAUAUACAACCAUUAAUACUUUUUCAAACUUGUAUAUUGGUGUUGAUUACCUAGAACAACAUACUUUUGUGUGACUCGUUUGCAUCCUUUUUAGCUAAGCUCUCAGAGGAAAAGAGAAAGUUUUAUAAAGUUUUUUUGUUAAAAUCAAAAAUCAAAUAUUUUUCAUUAGCUAUUCAAGCUUGAAGUUCUUAAGCAGGUCAAGGUUUGGGAGACCACAGAUGGUGCCAAGCUACCAUGGAGCUGGCGCUCUUCCCCCAGGCCUCCUUGGCUUACCUAAGUGACUCCUCACUGUCUUAGCAUCACAGUUAAUGUGAAUUGCUUUUUGGAGUAAAUCUUAAGGUUGUAGCUCCUGCUUUUUAUGUGGUAUUGAAGGAAAAUAUCCUUGCUCAAACAUUCUACUUGAUUUUUUUUAUAGCGAAGCUAUCAUUAAACUAUCCACUUGGACUGGAUCAGUGGUUGUCAGAUAGGCAAGUUACUGUGAUUAUGGAGUGUGUCUUGGGGGCAGAGAGGGCUUUGCACUAACAGCUUUUCCUUCCAUUCUAACUCUCGGAUAGGCAUUGGAGGAGGAAGAGGCUUCUUUUUAGAGGUCAUUGCUUUGACUUGAUUGUUUUGACUUGGCUGCUACAACAAGACAAUGUCAGGUUUCGCCUGAUCCCUGCUGCUUGGCAUCAGAUGCCUGGCUCGGCUACAUUUAGAGAAGAGUUUCCAGUGAAAAAAAUGUGUGUUUGAUAAUCAUUCUGUUAGAACACUUUUUAAAUGAAUGUGCCAUGCUUGGAAACCUUUUCUUUCUAGGGUGGGGAGAGUUGCGACAGGGGAUCUGUAUGUCUCUGGUUUUUUUGUUGGUCAGCAGCAUGGUUUAUCUCCUGAUGCAGAGUUCAAUGCACUGCUUCACACUGAUGGUACAUUUUCAAAUCUAAACAUGAGUUAACACAUUUUAGCAUGCUUAUUAAGUACUCAGACACUAAACCCUAAGAUACUGCUAUUUUUUAAAACCACAGUUGUUAAAAACCGGUGUUAUAUGGGAUUCUUAAAGUAGUGUCCUUUUACCUUUUACAUUGCACAGGCCAUGUUGUCUAGUGGACAUUAAUUGGAGUUCUGAGAAGUUACUAACAGCCCUGAUGCUCUUUCUGAGUAGGUGUCUCUAGUUCAGUCCAUCUGAGUUUUGUCACCAUCCAUUUUCAUAAUUGGGUUGUGUUUACCCAGUUACAGCAAGUGAGAUGCUGCUUAAAUGUGCUUUAAAAUCCAGUAAAAAAAAUUCUCUGAAGAUCUGGGAAAUUCUAUUGUCAUAAUUUGGCAUCAGGAAUGAUAUAAAAAUGCUGUGUCUAGCAUCUUGCUAACCUGGUCCUUAAGGCAAGCUAUAAACAACUUAAAGCAGGGACCCUGUCAUGUGUUAAGUUUGCAGCAUUAGUGAUAGCAGGCCAACAGGCAACAGAAACGUGACAAAGGUUAUUGAAAACAAAUACAUAAUUUGCAAUGUGUAAUGAAUCUCAGUUCAUUUGUGCGAGCAUUGUACUUCUGAAAGUUAUGAGGGAGGCAGGGCACCUUGUCUGAUGUCCACAUCUGCUCUCAUGUAGGUAGUAUGGGUUGAUCAUGAAGGGAACUAUGGCUAAGAUUUAGCUUAUAUAAAAUGGACAGAAAGGUUCAACAAGCUAAUAAUUACGUAAAAGACUAGAAGAGCAGAAACCAACCUUUUAAAGUACCACAACGUUACUGAGAUAACCUUUUGCUUAAAAUGGUGCUAUUUGGAUUUCAGCAAAGGAAAAAAUGCUUAUAUUGAGAUUAUCGUCUUCCCAAUAGUGGAAAUAAUAAAAUUAUGACUUCAUUUAUUAUCUUGAGUUUAUUCUUUGCAUAGAAUCUACACACACACUCCCUUUAUUUAAAAAUGAAAGUACUACCUUCUCUUGUGCUGAGGGUGAAAUGGAGCUGCCGACUCUAUGUUUCAGUGAUCUUAGAAUUCUAGGCAUUUUAAGCAUCUGAGUAGUUUGCAGAAGAGGUAUUUGAAGAAAAGAAGAAAGCAGUAUAUUAGACACAUUGCAUGCUUUUAAUGUUCUUUUAGGCUCAUGUCAUCUUCAGAGUUUCUUAACCAUUUCAGACAUAAACCAAGCUGCUAUAGAAGAGAAUAGUAAUGAAAUGGGCAGAGGAUGAUUUUAGCAAAUGAGGCAGAACAAAACGAGUUCAUCUUUCCUCAUUCUAAUGAAAUGAUGCUUGUUUUUAAAAAAAAGUUAUUGGAUAAUACAUAAUUCUAUAUUAAAAGAGUCCCAGAAAAGAACUCGCCGUGGAAAUGUAGGCAUGGUCUUAGGCUGGCUACAGGUCAUUUUCUGAAACAAGGACCUCCUUUUAUUUCAGAUUUUCAAAACUGAGUCUUCCAUAAGACCUAAAAUAAGAUGGAUCUAAAUGUUACCAAAGUUGUUUUGAUCUGUUGACAUGCCCUUUCUGCAAGCCACUUGGUAUUAAGAGCUCACUGCUAGCUGACUUGCAGUGCCAGAGUCUGAGAUUGGUCCAGCCAUGGGCCCAGGUGAUUGGGCAGCAUGUGAGCACACAGAGGGAUAUAUGGGUGACUCUGAAUCAGAGUUGGGCAGAACCAGAGGUGGGGUCUACUUGUUCAUUCUGCAGAUAGUAAGUGGACUUGGUCUCCUUUGGCCCACUCACAUGUCAUGUGCCAAGUUAGUAUCAAGUGAUUUCAAAAUGUAUCUAGGGGCCAAUCCUGCCCAGAAUUCCUCUUCAGCUGUGGUCUUCAGUGUGACCCUCUUGACAGAACUUUCGUCUGCAUUUUGAUUCAUAGUUGAGAAAUGCUGAGUCUGAUCAGUUGAAUAUAUUUCCUUCUGAUUUUUCUUUUGUGAUAACUUUGUCAAGUUUGUUCAUUCUAACCAGUCAAAACGAGUUUGUGAUGGUCUUGUUGCUCCAGGGUUAGGCUUUGAAAAUCAAGCUGUAUUCUUGCAUCACUGACAGUCACCAGCAGUAAGUACAGACUCUAAUUAUUCUGUAG